AUGGAGUUGACUGCAGCAGUUAUGGCAGCCCGUCUCACAGAUUCUAUAUUACGUGAAUUGAAUAUCAAGGAAGUUUGUUACUGGACAGACAGCCAGACUGUUCUUAAGUAUUUACAGAGUGACACCAGAAGAUUUAAAAUGUUCGUAGCUAAUCGUGUUUCUACUUUAUUGGACUUGACCAAAGUUUCACAAUGGAGAUACGUCAGAACGGCUGACAACCCAGCCGAUGAAGCCUCUAGAGGCCAAGGUAUUGAUGAUUUCUUGCGAAAUAAGCGAUGGAUCAAUGGGCCUGAUUUUCUUGAUCAACAUGUUGAGCAGCACAUAAAUCCACAGGAAUGUUUGGUUGAAAUUGAUGAGAAUGACCCAGAAGUCAAGAAGGUUUCCAAUGUGGUUGUAACCAAAAACCAGUGCUGUUUCCUAGACGGAUUGAUCUCCAGAUGCUCAAGCUUCAUGAAGCUGAGGAAUGUAGUGGGUCUAGUUUUAAAGUUUGUCAGAAGAGCAAGAAAGAAUCAAUCAAAGAGCAAUGAUGUUGAUCAAUUGGAGGCCGCAGAGAGGUUCAUUAUAGUUCAUGAACAACAGAAACAUUUUGCGACGGAGUUAACUGCCUUGAAGAAUGGGGAGAAGAAAUCGAUAACUGCCGUAAUGAAAGCUAGUCCCUUGCAUAAGCUGGACCCUAUGCUGGUAGAUGGAGUUAUCGUAGUUGGGGGAAGACUGAGAAGAGCAGCCCUCCCAGACAGAAUGAAGCAUCAGAUAAUAAUCCCCAAGAGAUCUGAAAUUGCUCCAUUAAUUGCCCUUCAAGCCCACAAAAAUGUCGGACACAUGGGUCGAGCUGCUAUGUUAAUGUACAUGUGGGAGAAACACUGGAUUAUGGGGGCUGGUGCAUUAAUAAAAGGUGUUAUCAGUAAAUGCGUCAUCUGCCGAAAGUACCGUGCCAAGUCUGCAGAACAAAAGAUGGCCGCAUUGCCAAGUGAGCGUGUGCUCAGCGACAAUCCUGUCUUUUAUAACACCGGUCUGGACAUGUUUGGGCCAUUUCAGGUCAAGCAAGGUAGAAGUCAAGUAAAAAGAUAUGGACUUCUGUUCACAUGUUUAGCAACAAGGGCUAUACACCUAGAAAUUGUGCACACAGCCAAUGCAGACUCCUGCCUGAAUGCGAUACGGAGAUUUGUAUGCAGGAGAGGGUUAAUUUCCUCCAUAAGAACUGAUAACGGAACAAAUUUUGUGGCUGCAAGCAAUGAGUUAAGCAAAGCCGUGGAAACAUGGAACAGAAGUCAAAUCCCUCAAUGGCUGGCUCAACAUGGAAUUCGAUGGGAGUUCAACCCACCCGGUGCUUCCCACUUCGGUGGCGUAAGGGAGCGCCUAAUUAGAGUUGUCCGCCAGGUUAUGAAUGGAGUUCUAAAAGAACAGCAUCUUCGACUUGAUGAUGAGGGUCUUUGUACCUUGUUUUGUGAGGUAAAACACAUAGUAAAUGGAAGGCCGAUUACCACAGUAUCGUCAGAUGCAGACGACUUGCGACCAUUAACACCGAAUAUGAUUCUAACAAUGAAUGAAAAAUCUGUACUCCCACCCGGAGUUUUCGAUAAAACAGACAUGUAUGUCCGAAGGCGGUGGCGCCAAAUACAAUAUUUGGCCAAUUUAUAUUGGACAAGAUGGCGUAAGGAGUAUUUGCCUCUAAUGCAAAGGAGGCAAAAAUGGCUGUAUCCGAAGAGAAAUUUGCAAAAGGGAGACAUUGUGCUAAUUGUUGACGACUCGUUACCCAGAAGUACUUGGCUCCUUGGACGAGUUAUUGAAACCAAAGCAGACAGCAGAGGACUUGUACGGUCAUGCCUUUCAUCUGAAAAUGAUGCUAAUUCAUAUGAAGACUUUGUUAACCAACUUCACAACACGUUGCAAUUUUCAUAUAAAACGGCCACUGAAUCGGCACAAAAAGCAAAGCAAAAACAAAAGAAAUCGUAUGAUGUGAGAGCGACUGAUUCACCAUUGCAAACAGGCGACCGCGUGUUAGUGCAACGCAAACACAUUAUUGGGACGCAGAAAUUAGCCAACAAGUGGGAAUCUGUCCCUCAUAUUGUUGUCUCUAAAUCGGAUGUACCCGUGUAUACAGUGUCAAAUAUUAUUACCGAUAAACUUAAAACGCUUCAUCGAAAAAUGCUAACAAAAUGCAUGUUUCUUCCUAUCGACAAUGAAACCGACGAGGACGCGUCUUUUGUCAAUGACACUUCCGCAAAAGAGGGGGAAGGGGUACCCAUAAGCACCGUAAGCAAAACUAAAGGUAGUGACCUCGAUUCCGAUAGUGAGGAUGAAAUACCAUCAGAAAAUCCAAUACCUUUACUUAGCAGAAAUACUAUAAAUAGUGACAGUCCCUCGACAAGUAAUGAUGUACAUAUAACAACUCCCAUUAUUGAACAACGGUCAACCCGUAACAGGAGACCUGUAGAUAGGUUCAAGUACUCUGCUCCCGGACAAACCAAAAGGCACACGGUAACUAAACGAAACAAUACUCAUGAUAUCUUACCUGCAAACAACUCUAAAGAUAACGAUUCUUCCCUGAUCCUCAAAGAAUGUCUUAAUAGAGGUAAAAAAAUAUUUAAAAAAUGGCAGCGUAAGAAAGAAAAGAGAGAUACGUAG